CUCUCUGAACUGCAUGCACUGAACUCCACUCCAACGACUGUAGUGUAAGACGACAAUUCACACGGCUUUACAGCUUCCAACAAAUGGGGGAAGCAUUUGCAUAAAGAUUUGGGGGUUGCGACAUAGCAAACAACAUCCUCGACAACAAGCAAGAACAAAAACAGAGAAACGCCCAUCAGGGAUAUCACAAAUCUUUUUGUGAAAUCGACACAGGAAUUCUUGCAGAGGAGCUGAAGUCUGUGAGCAGGACGCUGUCAGAAUGAUGACCCAGGAAGGCAGGGACUAUGUAAACAACACUUAUGAAUACAUGGACUAUGGAUACGUGGAGGAGACCAAGCCUGGAGGCUACGCUCAGAGAGAAGCUCUUCACAUCAUAUCAGUGAUCAUCUACAGCCUGGCGUUUACUCUGGGAGUAAUCGGGAACGGCCUGGUCAUCUGGGUGACUGCCUUCAAAAGCAAACGGACCGUGAACAGUGUUUGGCUGCAGAAUCUGGCCAUCGCUGACUUUGUGUUUGUGGUCUUCCUGCCGUUCUCCAUCGACUACGUGCUGCGAGACUUUCACUGGCUCUUCGGGAAGACCAUAUGCAAGCUGAACUCGUUCGUGUGCACCAUGAACAUGUACGCCAGCGUGCUGUUUCUGACCGUCCUGAGCUUGGAUCGCUACAUCUCACUGGUCCACCUGAGCUGGUCGGAAAGGUAUCGAAACAUCCGGAGGGCAUGGUGGGUGUGUGCGCUGAUUUGGAUCACGUCCUGCUGUCUAAGCUGUCCGGCCCUGAUAUUCCGUGACGUGAUCCAGCACAAAGGGAAGGUUGUGUGUUUUAAUAACUUCCACGAUGAGAGCAGGCACAUGAUAGCGGUGAGGCACAUUGCGAUGGUGUCGAUGCGCACCGCCGUGGGCUUUCUGCUUCCGUUUGCAACCAUCACCAUCAGCGGCGUCCUGCUGGCUAUUAAGAUGCGCCAAUCCGACUCGGUACGCUUCACCAGCUUCUCCAGAACCGUCUCUGCCGUGAUUCUUGCUUUCUUCUUGUGUUGGGUGCCGUUUCACACGUUCAGCCUGAUGGAGCUGAGCAUGCAUCACACCACCUACCUGCACUCCGUGCUCAUCGUGGGCUUCCCACUCGCCACCAGCCUGGCCUUCUUCAACAGCUGCGUCAACCCCAUUCUGUACGUACUGCUUACCAAGAAGGUGCGUAAACUGGUGAGGAGGUCGUUUUUGAACUUCACCAAGCGCUCGCUGAGGGAGCUGAGUCAGUCUGUGUCUGCGACGGAGUUAGACUCGCCACUGCCCAGCUGCUCUCCUGAAGAACCCACGGCCAACUCCUCCGUCUGAGCAGCUCAGAGAUCACCCCUGAACCUUUGAAAUGAAACUUCUAGAGCUCCAACUGGAUUUUGACAAAGUGGUUGGGAAAUACUGGCUUUCAUUUCUUAUAUAGCACAUUACAUUAAAUGUGUAUUUAAAGGGAUAGUUCAACCAGAAAUGAAAAAUUUAUGUUUAUCUGCUAACCCCCAGGGCAUCCAAGAUGUAGGUGACUUUGUUUCUUCAGUAGAACACAAACCAAGAUUUUUAGCUCAAACCGUUGCAGUCUGUCUGUCAUAUAGUAGAAGUGAAUGGAAAACAAAGUUACCUACAUCUCGGAUGCCCUGGGGGUAAGCAGAUAAACAUCAAAUUUUCAUUUUUGGGUGAACUAUCCCUUUAAUGCAUCAUCUAUUUUAUGUCGUACAGUUAAAAAAAAAACAUAUAUAGUUUUACCUGUAACCAUAAGAAAAUAAUCAAUAUACUUUUCUCUGCAAAUUAUUUCUGCACAUCUCUGAGAGUUGGAUGAGGGAUAUUUCAGCUCUGUUUGAAAGGACUUUGUUUAAAUUUCAAUGCAUUAUCAUGUCGUUUGUAUGCACUUCACUGAAUCAAUAAACUCGCUAAUGCUAAUGUUUUAGAAUUAUACUGCUUUAUCUCUAAAUUAUUAAAUAAAAGCAAAAAUAAAACAAAUAGCAAAAAUCUGAGUUACAGUGAGGAACUUACAUUGUAAGUGAAUUGGAUCAACCCUGAAACAUUAAAUUACUCAGUGUUUCAAUAGUAUACUCUAAAUAUGUAAGCAAUAUGCAUAUUAAUAUGUAUUUAGUGAGAAAUAUCAAUUACCAACUUUUCUCUAUGUAAAGUUAAAUCUAAUUUUACAACUUUGUUGCCAUGACAAUGAAACUUAAAACUCCAAAACAGCUACAAAAAUGAAUUGAAGUUUUAUCAGCUUUUAAAAUUUUUAAGCAUCAUUCACUUCCAUUAUGCCUCAUUAUAGCCUUGGUUUUUUAUGGAAAUGAGGGAUGAGUCAAAAGUAUUAUUUUUUGGGGGGGAGGGGUGGGGGUGGGGGGGUUCAGCAUUAUCACACAAAUGUAACGUGCAUUAAAAUCUGUGUAUUUCCUAUAAGUAAAAAGUGUUUUUUUUUUUUUUUUUUUUUUUUUUUAAACUCUACAGAUAACUUUCAGUGUACUAUAAGACAGGUCACAUUUUAACCACAUAUUUUGUAUGAUGAUUCAUCAAUUUAGUUCUCUUUAUUUACUAGAAAUAUACUGUAUAAAAGUCAAAAAGUAGCUGACAAAAAUACAAAAAAAGAAGAAGAAAAAAAAGCACAGAGCUGAUAAAAAUGUAGCCUAAUGUUUUAAUUAAUGGCUACAGCUAGAGGAACACAAAAACAUUUCCAUCGAAAUCAGAGCUACACCGUUUACAGAUGUAGAGUUUUGUCUUGUUUACACUAAAAACUAAACUAUGAGCAUAUCUGAAAAAGUUAGACGCACAUGUUUAAACAAUGACCAGUUUUCCACACUCAGUUCUUGCAUGUUUGAACCCUCAUACCUAAGUUACACCACAGUGUCAGAUAUCAUUUUUAUCAAGAUCGUUUGGGACUGAGAAUUUUCACUUCUGCUUAUUUUUUUUUUCUGUGGAAUUAAGUCUUUUUGAGCCAAAAUGCCUGUUUUAAUAGCAUUGAAAAACAGAAUUGUCGAAAUAUUGUCAAAAUCUGUUUGUUUUUUAGUCCUGUCCCAAACAGAGUUUGUAUUGAUGCUAGGAUAGGAGAAAGUAUUUUACUUUACAAAAAAAAAAACCCACAUUUUUAAAAUUUAAAUGUCCAAGCUAUAACAAAAACCUUUUAUUUAAGCUCUGUUUAUCUCCAACAUACCGAAGUUUAGUGAAAAUCCACGCAGCAGGUUAUUGGGUUCCCCUUUGCUUGUUGCUUUGGAGUUACACAAUCAUUCAAUGUUAGCCAAAUUUAAAAAGAAGGAAAUAAAAGAGCCAAACUGCCAAGACACAAGCCAAGGAAUGAAGCUAGAAAUAGGGCAGUGGCAACAGUGGGUUUAACAAUAAGACAACAAAAACAA